AAUAACUGAGAUGAUCAUAAAUUUUAAAAACUUAUCAAAAAUGAUUGGAAUAGAAGCAUUCUGAAAAUAAGGAACAAUGAACAAAUGAUACUGUUGAAGGCCUUCAUUAAUGAAUGUGGAACCAACUAUUUAAAAAAUGUGCCUGCAGACCUACCUUCCGCUGUAGUUUCAAUUUAAUGACUAUAUAUUACAAUGUAUCCCUCUUGUGCUAUAUCAUUAUUAUUCUCUAAAGUCAUGAGUUGUCUCCUGAAAGCAUUAAAAUGGUCAGAGUCAAGAGUAUACUUUGGCACAAUGUUACAUUUCGUCCAUUGCACUGUGCAAAGAAGGGGUUUUUAUAAAAGGGCAGUUAAGUAACUAUGACUCUCUUAAAUUGAAUUAAUAAAUUUAGAUUACAACAGAAAUUCUUUAAAAGAAUUAAAUUUACCUGGGAAAAAACUGAUAAAUUAACAAUAGUUUAUCAUUAGUUUACACAUGUUAUUGCCUUGAUUCUUGAAAGGAGACUUUUCUGGGUUUAGGCAAAAUUGUAUAUGCAAGCUAAAUAUUUGAUUUUGAUUUUAAAAUUUUGUAAUUUGGUCUUUUGUAUUUUUACUUGCACUUCAGGAGUAUUUGUUUAAAGUUAAAAGUUGGACAUUCCCUGGCAAAUUUGGAAAUCUGAAUGUUUACAAUACAGAUACACUUGAUAAAUGCAAGGACCUAGGUGAUUUGUAUGCCUGGAAUGCAUCUGACUGGGCUAUAGAAUCAGAUCUACCAGAACUCAUAAAGCUACAAGAAGUAAAUCUCGAUGAUAUUUGUGGAGAGGUUUCCAGUCUAGUGGCCCAAUAUCCUUUAGAUUUUGAAAGCACCAUAAAUCUUUUAAAGAAAUUUGGAAAUGGAAAAAUGCUAUACAUAGACACAUAUCAGCUUAAAGAUCAACUUCUUUUAACAGGAGUCAAUACUACAUUUUCCCCAUAUAUAGAAACAAAUGGUACUAAAUCUUUUUACAAUAUUUAUACACAAGAUAUUCUGCUGGAACCUAUCAAUUGGUGGCCUGGACAUCCUGCUGAUACUAAAUAUCACAAAAGAUGUCUUUGUUUUGAUUCCCAUGCCUAUGCUUGCCCGCUCACUGCAAAAGCUUCAUCUUUUGUCAAAAUCAUUGCCAAUUCUACAUUCAAACUAAGAGGAUUUUGUGGUGACAGUUCAUUUGACAAGACAUACAAACCUAUCAUGGGUCGGGGUCAAUUUAUGUACGUUGGUAUUACUGGAACCAUUAUUGCGUAUAGACCAGAUAAAAAAGCAUGGAUUGUAGCUAACAUCAAUGAUGACAGCAAAGCACUGAUAAAAACAAGUGCAGAAACUUAUCUGUUUGGAAAAAGUGAGUGGAUACCUAUCAAAAAUAAUAUAUGUAAAGAAGAGGAAUAUUAUGUAAGUUUCUCUAGUUGUUCUAGCAAGGAAUUCACUUGUUCUGACGGGUUUUGCAUUUCUCUUGAAAAACGCUGCAAUCAGGAAGCUGAUUGUUCAGAUGGGUCUGAUGAACUCAAGUGCCACAUUUUGCACAAAAAGAUUGCAUACAAUAAGCAUCUACCACCAAAGCCAAAACAUUCAAAUUCUACUGUAGAUGAUCAGCAUUUGCAAAUAAAUGUUACCGUUGAGGUAGUUGACAUUCUGAACAUAAAUGAAGUAAACAAAGAAAUAAAAGUUAAAAUGGUCAUAAUCUUAAAAUGGAUUGAUUCAAAUCUUAUCUUUAAAAACUUGCAAGAAGACUCGUACCAUAAUUUGUUAGACACUAAUGAAGUUGAAUCCAUUUGGAGACCUCAACUAUACUUUAACGAUAUCAACAUUUACCAACGGGAAGAAAAUGAAGCUGAAGUGGUUUGUGUUGAAAGGAUAAAAUUGAAUUAUACAACUCUUGAUCUUGAUCAUGUUUACAAUGAAAGAGUUUACAACAGUGAUUCAUUUAAUCUCAUCCAACACAGGUUGACAAGUAUGACCUUUGUCUGCAACUUUGAUAUGACCAUGUCCCCAUUCGAUAUUCAAACCUGCUCAGUCCACUUCAGUUUAAUAAACAAACAGAAAAUCUCAGUAAGAUUGAAUCCUUCAAUGCUGAUUAAUCAUGGAUCUAAUACUGUGAACCAGUAUAUAAUAUUCAGGAACACAUUUUGAAUUUUCAGAAUUAAUGUUU